CAGCCGCUCCCGUGCGAGGCCGGGGGGCAGCGCGGGGGCGUUCCCGGGGCGCUGCCCCGGCACCUCAGGCUGGUCCACUGCUCCUGGGCAGGGAGGCUCCACGCGGGCGUUUGCAUCGUCGUCGCGGGGGAUUUGCAAAAAUGGAUUUAUUUUCCUGUUCUGCAAAACGUUUCAGGGACGCCCCGUGGAAAUUCACCGGCCCGGGGGGGGAGGCUGGCGAUGGGCCUCCUGGGGACGAGGAGAACUCCCUUGCGCUGAGGGCGUCCUGGGUGUUUAGCGUCCGCCAGAUCCGGGUGGGGUGGUAGCGCUCCUCUUUCCGCAUCCGCCGUGGAUGAUGGGCCUUGUAGUCGGCCCAGCUGAGUUGCUGCGCAGGGAGGAGGCUGGCUGAUAUCGCCAGUGUGAGUUCGCAUGAGAGAGGAAGGUGCAUGUAGGGGCUUGGGGCGGGCCGGCUUGGAUUCACACAACGUCUUAUUCCAGGUUUAAGUGGGGUUGGGCAGUUUGCGGGUCAGCGCGUUGUGGGAACCCAGCCUUAUGCUGGCCUAAGGGGUGAACCAGGCCAUGAGGCUACGCUUCAUCUGGUUGGUUUGCUUGUUUGUUUGGACCUCCUGUGUAAUGCAGACACACCCUUUUGUUCUUUUAACCUGGUUUCAGCAUGUUGGGUGAACUCGGCCUGUGUGGGGGAGACAAAGAGAAAGAAGCAACCGGUGGCAUUUUCCAAAAUGCAGAGUUGGGACUUCUUUUCUUAAGAGAUGAAAAAAAAAAGAUUUCAAACCUUCAGCUUUCUACACCAGGCAGGGAGGAGAAGGAAAGAUGGAUUGGCGCAAAUGGAAACAGCAAAAAAAAGAGGAGAAGAAGAAAUGGAAAGAGAUAAAACUGCUGAAGAAGUUGGAGAAGCAGCGAGCCCGGGAGCUGAUGGAGAAGGAGAGAGAAGAGGCAAAGCCGAAGGAGGACCAAGGGCGGCACUACACAGUCAGCGUGGCUGUUCCUGGCUCGAUUCUAAGCAACGCGCAGUCCCCCGAAUUGCGGACGUAUCUCGCCGGGCAGAUAGCCCGCGCCUGCGUCAUCUUCUGCGUGGAUGAAAUUGUGGUGUUUGAUGAAGAAGGAGAAAGUUCCAAGACCAUCGAAGGCGAGUUCGAAGGGAUCCGGGGCAAAGGACAGGCCUGCGUGCAGUUGGCUCGGAUCCUUCAGUACCUGGAGUGUCCCCAGUAUCUAAGGAAGUCCUUUUUCCCCAAACACCAGGACCUGCAGUUUGCCGGGCUCUUGAACCCUCUGGACAGUCCCCACCAUGUCCGGAUGGACGAAGAAUCUCAGUAUCGGGAAGGGGUUGUUCUGGCCCGACCCACCAAGCCUGGCCGAGGGUCUUUUGUUAACUGUGGGAUGCGGAAGGAGGUCCAGAUAGAUAAGCCAUUGGAAGCUGGUCUUCGCGUCACGGUGCGUCUGGAUGAAAAGCAGAACUCAGAGAGCAAGACGCAGAAGGGUGUUGUCAUAUCGUCACAAAGUCCCCGGACCGUUUCUGGCCUUUAUUGGGGUUACAGCGUCCGAUUAGCUUCGUGUCUGAGCGCUGUCUUUGCAGAAUCCCCGUUUAAGGAUGGCUACGAUCUCUCCAUCGGGACCUCGGAGCGAGGAUCCUCCGUGGAUCAGGCCACUCUACCCUCCUUCAGCCACGCUUUAAUCGUCUUUGGGGGUUUGCAAGGCCUCGAAGCCGGAGUGGAGGCCGAUCCGAACCUGGACGUAACCGACCCCAGUACCUUGUUUGACUUGUAUUUAAACACCUGUCCGGGGCAAGGAAGUCGCACCAUCAGGACGGAGGAAGCCCUCCUUGUCUCUCUCUCGGCGCUGCGGCCCAAGAUCGUCGAAGCCACUAAGAAAGGCCAAAGUGGAAGUUGAGCAUGGGACGUGAGCAAGCCCCAGCGGCUGAAAGAGAAGAGAAUUAAAGGUGCUUUUCUCAUGGGCUUGGAUCAUCCUUUUGGUGGCUAAGAAAUGCACAAGGACUGGACAAGCUGCCCCUAAAUUCACCAGCUGGGGCAUCUGGGGAGGGGGUGCCAAGAGGGUGGCCCUGCCAUUGAAGCCCCUGUGUGCGCUGUUGACUCCGUGGGGUUUAAGACAGACUGUAGAGCGGUGUUUCUCAAACUUGGCAACUGUAAAACAUGUGGACUUCGACUCCCAGAAUUCUAGCUGGGGAAUUCUGG